AUGCUGCGGUCAGCAUUCUCAGCUGCAAAGCCCGCGGCGGCAGCUCCGGGCCUCAAGCCAUUAUCAUUCGCGAUGGCGCAAACCUGCAAAUCAGCAGCUACAGCUACGACUUCUCGCUCUAUACAUACCGCUCGUAUCACCUGCUCCUCAAAUACAGCUACUCGAACAGCUUCUAAAUCCCUACAACCCCGCUUCAACCGAAACUUUCACGCAACCGCAUCCGCAUAUCGAAUGGCAGCUACACGAGCAGAGACAGAUGCCUUUGGAGAGGUGCAAGUAGCGGCAGACAAAUACUGGGGAGCACAAACAGAGCGAUCCUUGGAGAACUUCAAGAUCAACCAGCCGCAGGACCGCAUGCCUCCUCCGAUCGUCAAGGCGUUCGGUAUCCUGAAGGGAGCUGCGGCAACCGUCAACAUGCAGUUCGGACUUGACCCAAAGAUUGGAAAGGCUAUUCAAGAAGCCGCGGCGGAGGUAGCUUCCCUCAAGCUCAUCGACCACUUCCCGCUCGUGGUCUGGCAAACUGGCUCUGGAACCCAGUCCAACAUGAAUGCCAACGAAGUCAUCUCAAAUCGUGCUAUUGAGAUUUUGGGAGGAAAGAUGGGCAGCAAGAAGCCAGUCCAUCCUAACGACCAUGUCAACAUGAGCGCCUCCUCCAACGAUACCUUCCCUACGGUUAUGCACAUCGCCGCAGUGCUUGAGAUUGAGCAGGAAUUGAUCCCGGCUAUCAAGUCUCUCCGUGCUGCUCUCCAAGCCAAGGUUGAUGAUUUCGAGGCGAAGAAAAUUAUCAAGAUUGGGCGUACACAUCUGCAGGAUGCCACGCCUUUGACUCUGGCCCAAGAAUUCUCCGGAUAUGUUGCCCAACUCGACUUUGGAAUCAAGCGUGUUGAGUCAUCUCUCCCAGAUCUCCGCCUGCUUGCCCAGGGAGGAACUGCUGUAGGAACUGGAAUCAAUACGUAUAAGGGAUUUGCGGAAGCGAUCGCUACCGAGGUCACCAAAAUGACUGGCACCAAGUUUGAGACUGCCCCUAACAAGUUUGAGUCUCUCGCUGCUCACGAUGCUAUCGUUCAAGCUUCCGGCUCUUUGAACACUCUUGCAUCCUCUCUAUUCAAGAUCGCUCAGGACAUUAGAUAUCUCGGAUCUGGACCCCGUUGUGGACUUGGAGAGUUGGCUCUGCCAGAAAACGAGCCUGGAAGCAGUAUCAUGCCCGGAAAGGUCAACCCAACUCAAUGUGAGGCCUUGACCAUGGUUUGCGCCCAGGUCAUUGGUAACCACACGGCUACUACCAUCGGAGGCAUGAACGGACAGUUUGAAUUGAACGUCUUCAAGCCUUUGGUCAUCCGAAACCUCUUGCACAGCAUCCGUAUUCUCACUGAUGGCAUGAAGAGUUUCGAGAAGAACUUGGUUGUUGGUCUGCAAGCCAACGAGGAUAAGAUCAGCAACAUCAUGAAGGAAUCGUUGAUGUUGGUCACCUGCCUGAACCCGUUGAUUGGAUACGACAUGGCCAGCAAGGUUGCAAAGAACGCCCACAAGAAGGGCUUGACCUUGAAGGAGUCGGCUAUGGAGCUCAAGGCUUUGAGUGAAGAGGACUUUGACAGGCUCGUCCGCCCAGAGUUGAUGGUCGGUCCGGAGGAGUAUAAGAAGAAAUAA